AUUGGAAUCUGGGUUUCCAAGAAUGGAGCUACCUACCUACCAAUUUGCAGCUCAACAGAACUUGAAAGCUCUCAGCAAUUCCUCAUUUGAUUUUUCACCACCCUGUUGCCAUUAGCAAGCGCACAUGUAGAUUUGAACUUUGAAGGGCGAACUGGUUAGGUCCUAGUACCUACACUUCGUUGGGCCGCUUGCUGCGCUCCAGAAAGGUUCAAUCUCCAGAGAGCGCCGCUUGAGGGCAUUAUGGCAGCUCCGGCUUGGAAGAAGUCUGAUGAAUACUAUGCUGGGCUCGGCAUCUCCCAUUCAGAGUCUAUCGAGACAACAGCCCGAGGUUUGAAGCUCUUUACACAACGUUGGUUGCCCGAGGGGGAGGCGAAGGCUCUUGUGUGUAUAGUCCAUGGGUAUGGGAUGGAGAGUAGCAUCUACUUUGGAGGAGUUGGUGAACGCCUCGCCAAGGAUGGGUUUGCAGCCGUUGCCCUGGAUCACAUGGGACAUGGACAAUCUGAAGGUGAACCCGUCUACUUCAAGUCCCUGGACAUCCUGGUCGACGACGCACUCUUCUUCUUCAACAAGGUCAAAGCGGAGUACGCCGGCAAGGGCAGCUUCCUGUUUGGAGAAUCCAUGGGUGGCGCGAUCUGCCUGCUCAUACACCGGAGAGAGCCGGACGCAUGGAAAGGUGCAGUGCUUCUAGCACCCAUGUGCAAAAUCUCGGAGAAGCUGAAGCCGCCCCCGAUCGUGACGGCCAUCAUGUCCAAGCUAGCGUUCGUGGCGCCCAAGUGGAAGAUCGUUCCAACAAAGGACAUCAUCGAGACUGGUUUCAAGGAGCCCGCCAAGCGGGAAGAGCUGCGUAAAAACCCGUUCGCGUAUCAGGAGAAACCCCGGCUGGGCACCGCCCUCGCGCUGCUGCGCGCCAGCAGCUCCAUCGAGCAGCGCCUAGACGAGGUGACGAUCCCGUUCUUGCUGCUGCACGGCGGCGCGGACGCGGUGACGGACCCGGAGGUGUCGGCCGCGCUGCACGACCAGGCCAAGAGCUUCGACAAGACGUUCAAGCUGUACCCCGGCAUGUGGCACGGCCUGCUUACGGGCGAGCCGGACGACAACGCCGAGCUGGUCUGGCACGACAUCCUCGCUUGGCUCGACCAGCGCAGCGGCGCAGCGGCGGGGCCCACGCAAGCGGACCCGGCGGCCAGCACGGGCGCCACCAUCAAGACAGGAGAGUCGGAGGAGCGGGCUAUCCAAGAUCAUGCCGACGUCAAGGCUGCUGUCGCGACCCUCUAACCCACCCGUCGAAGCAGAGGCUUGCAAUGAACGGUUCCGCAGAGCUGUACGGCGGCUGAGAUAAGCUCACUCUUUUUGCAAAUGUAUGCAAGGGUCGAGGGGUGGCUCUUCGUUCGACAGCAUAACCUUCCAAAUCACUGCUCAGGAGGCUCCUUCAAGUAAAUGACGUCGAUUCUGCAAGCAGUGGUGACCAAUCUGCCCUUAUUCUUUUCUCCAUCUUCCGAGCGCAAGCCGAGACAUAUGUUCGGAAUUUGAUGGGGGAAGGACGCUCGUUGACGGUUCAAUCCGGGCCGUACCAGCGUUGAGCAAGCUGUUCUUGGCUGCGUCAGUCGACCUCCUUAAAAUGGUAGUUACAGGACCAGUUCCGUUUAGGACGAACCUCGCGCUUCAGUAAGAACAGUUGAGCUAAGAUGCUUAUAACGUUGUUGGCUUGAACUGUAUUGGGAACGGUGUUUAAACCGUCGCUGGCGGGCGUGUUAACCCGCAUUGGGCAUGUCUACCAUUCUGAAGGCAGCGAAUUGACCAUUCAAAUCAUGUCUACG